AGAGAGGAGGGUAAGGGGCUCUGGAGACUGCCUCAGAGGGCCUGGCUGUGAGGGCCAGAGGGCAGAGGCCGAGAGAGACACAGCAAAGGAACAACACAGGGAGAAAGAAAGAGAAGGAGCCCAAAAGGGACAAGGACCCCAACAUUCAUCCACAUAGCCAUAGCCACAGUGGGAGCCAGCCCUGGGAGAAGCUCUGCUGCCUGUCUGUCCCCAUGGGCCACUGUGGGCCAUGGCUGCACACUUCUCUCCUCUGGGCUGCAGUGGCCAGCCUGCUUCUCCCCACUGCCGUGACCCAGCAGCUGAGAGGGGCUGGGCCGGGGCCCAGCAACUGGAACAACAAUGCAGGAGCUUCGGGGCCCUCAGAGGACGCAUCGGGCAAGUUUGGCCACCCCACGCACAGCCAUAGAGGCCACGGAGAUGAGAACAAGGAUGUUUCCACGGAGAGUGGGCAUCAUUUCUGGGGCCAGGGAGACCACAGAGAAGAGGACGAAGAUGUCUCCAGAGAAUCCCAAGACCAUAGGUACCAAGGCCCCAAGGUGGGAGAUGAGAACAUCUCUGAUGAGGAGGAAUAUACAGAGCGUGCUCAGCAGGCCCGUGGGCACAGAAGCCAUGGGAACGAAGACGCGGAUGAUUCAGCUGAGCACGGGCACCACUUCCCCAGCCACGGGAGCCACGGCCAUGAAGAUGAGGACGAAGACGAAGUUGUGUCCAGUGAGCAUCACCAUCAUAUCGUCAGGCAUGUACACCGAGGCCAUGGAGAAGAGGAGGAUGAAGAAGAGGAAGAGGAGGAUGUCUCCACUGAGUAUGGACACCAGGUCCACAAACACCGAGACCAUGGGAAGGAAAAGGAUGAAGAUGUCUCAGAUGAACACCACCAUCAUGGCCCCAGCCACAGACACCGAGGCCGUGAAGAAGAAGAAGAAGAAGAAGAUGAUGACGAUGAUGUCUCCACUGAGUACGUACACCAGACCCACAGGAGUCAAGGCCAUGGGAAGGAAGACAAUGAAGAUGUCUCAGAUGAACACCACCAUCAUAUCCCUAGCCACAGACAUCAAGGCCACAGAGACAAGGAAGAUGAGGAUGAGGAUGUGUCCACUGAACACUGGCACCAGGUUCCCAGACAUACCCACCAUGGCCUUGGAGACGACGAGGAGGAGGACGAGGAGGAGAUCACAGUCAAGUUCAGCCACCAUGUUGCAAGCCACCAACGCCAAGGCCACAAGAGCGCUGAGGAGGAGGACUUCCCAGAGGAAUAUGAAAGAGCAGUCCCUGGCCAUCACCACCGCGGAGUCCCCACGGAGGAAGAUGAGGACAUCUCUGCCAAGCUUGGCCACCAGGCUCCCAGCCACAGGCAGCAAAGCCACAGAGAUAAAGGGACUGGCCACAGAGGGUCCAUCAAAGAGGAGACUAGCCACCAGCCCCCAGAACACAUGGGGGUAAAGGAUAGAAGCCAUUUAAAGGAGAGUGAUUCUGAGGAGGAAGAGGAAGAGAAGGAAGAGGAUCACAGCUCCCAUGAAGAAGAUGAUGAAGGUUCAGAGGAGGGAGGAGAAGGCACCCACCAUGGCAGCCUGGAUCAGGAGGAUGAGGAAGACAAGGAGGAAGGUCAUGGCCUCAGCCUGAGCCAGGAGGAGGAGGAAGAAGAGGAGGAAGAGGAAGAAGAGAAGGAGGAGAGGAGGGAAGAGAGGGCUGAGGUUUGGGUCCCACUGAGCCAAGACCACCAGGAGGAAGAAGAUGAGGAGGAGGGGCUGGAGGAGGAUGAGCUCCCCUUCACCAUCAUCCCCAACCCACUGGCCAGGAGGGAGGUGUCUGGAGGUGCCUCCAGUGAAGAGGAGAGUGGUGAGGACAUGGAUCAGCCGGACGCCCAGGAGUACGGGAACUACCAGCCAGGGUCCCUUUGCGGUUACUGCUCCUUCUGCAAUCGAUGCACUGAAUGUGAGAACUGUCACUGUGACGAGGAGAACAUGGGAGAGCACUGCGACCAGUGCCAGCACUGCCAGUUCUGCUACCUCUGCCCGCUGGUCUGCGAAACUGUCUGCACUCCGGGAAGCUACGUCGACUAUUUCUCCUCGUCCCUGUACCAAGCCCUGGCAGACAUGCUGGAAACUCCGGAACUCUAACCCAGACACACGGCUGCGGCGCAGAUACAUCUCCCUGGCCCUCCAACCCCUUUCCACGGGCCAUAUUUAUUUCUCUGAAUAAACGUGCUCCCCGAAACCUCA